AUGGAUCAGAAUAUCACGUUGCUGAACGUCGCUGCUUCUAACAAUGCAACUAGGUAUUUCACAACGGAAUCUGGCAUAGCAUCCGCGGCCUUAUUCUUUAUGGCCAUUCUCCCUAUAUAUGUUGGGGCUCAUAGGUCUGUUGAUGCCCUUCAAAAGUCAUUAAAGGUAGAGGACAAAGAUUUGUCAAUUAUUUCAUCUCAUGAAGCCGCGAUGUUUCCGGUAUAUGCCAGUGGUGCUCUUUUUGGAAUCUUUAUACUGUUUAAGUUGUUUGCUGCUGAGUACGUAAAUAUUGUUAUAUCGUGCUACUUCUUCGGAAUUGGCACGUCGACUGUGUUUUUUCUGAUCAGACCUUAUGUUGUAAAUCUUGUCCCUUCAAUCUUUCCUAACACUCACUUUAAGUUGACACUCACCGAGUCAAAAGAUGAUGCUCCCCAACCCCAACAAGAAUGCGUGUCUGUAGAUUUCGAAAGGAAAGAUAUCUUCCCUUUAAUAAUAGCCCUGAUAAUUGGAUGCGCAUACAUUUUCACAAAGCAUUGGGUUGCAAAUAACCUGAUCGGCUUGGCGAUUGCUGUCGUCGCAGUUGAGUAUCUCCACUUGGAUAAAGUUUCUAACGGCUGUAUUCUCCUUGGUGGUCUUUUUAUUUACGACAUUUUCUGGGUCUUUGGGACAGGUGUAAUGGUUUUUGUCGCCACAAAUUUCGAUGGUCCCAUUAAAGGCAAGACUGCUUUCUACCCCAAUAAUCGAUAUUCACUCGCGUACUUCUUUGUCUUUCCUCGCGAUCUACUCACCAACGGCUUUUUCUCAAAGGAUGUAGCAAUGCUAGGCCUUGGUGAUAUUGUUGUUCCCGGUAUCUUCUUGGCUCUGCUUCUUCGAUUCGAUGACAGAUUAAACCGCCAGGGGAGUCGUACUUACUUCUGGACUGGCUUUAUUGCCUACAUUAUUGGCCUAUUAACAACUUUCGUUGUUAUGUACAGCUUUCAUCAUGCACAGCCUGCCCUCCUCUACCUCGUUCCGUUGUGUUUGGGUCUUCCUCUAACCGUGGCUUUAAUCAAAGGCGACUUCAAGGAACUCAUGGCUUAUAAAGACAUUCCGCAGGAGGUUGAAAACAGACUGAAAGCUGAACGAGAAGCCAGGGAAUCGUCCGAGGCGGAGAAAAAGGCGAACUAG